UUCCAACACUCUUUGCCACGCACAAAACCAUUCCUUCCUCAGAAACAACCGAAACCAGAUGCAUUAUAAUUUCAAACUCCGGCGACAAUCAAUGUUGGCCAAAGUGGCGCCACCUCAAUCGCGGCCAGCACCACCAGGUCCGUCCAUUACGCACUCAAUGCCACCAGAGAAGAAAGAGGUGUUCAAGUCACUUAGUGGGUGGGCGGAGGAAACGAUCCUUCCGAUGCUAAAACCGGUGGAACAAAGUUGGCAGCCGCAUGAUUUCUUGCCCAACUCUUCCUUGUCGUCAGAUUCAUUCCUCGAGCAGGUGAAGGAGUUACGUGAACGGACGUCAGAAUUACCGGACGAGUAUUUGGUGGUGUUGGUGGGUGACAUGAUCACCGAAGAGGCUCUGCCCACGUACCAGUCUUUUGUGAACCGGCUUGACGGGGUUAAUGACCAGACCGGAGCGAGCCUAGACCCUUGGGCUGUCUGGAACCGUGGUUGGACUGCAGAAGAGAACCGGCAUGGCGAUUUGCUCAACACAUAUUUGUACCUUUCCGGACGCGUCAAUAUGCCUAUGAUCCAACGUACUAUCCAGUAUCUUAUUGCCGGCGGCAUGGACACAGGAACAGAGAACAAUCCGUACUUGGGAUUUGUCUACACGUCCUUCCAAGAGCGGGCAACGGCCAUAGCACAUGGCAACACAGCCCGCUUGGCGAAGAAGCAUGGAGAUCCUGUGUUGGCACGUAUCUGCGGUACGAUCGCUGCAGACGAGAAGAGGCAUGAGAAAGCGUACAUAAAGAUGGUAGAGAAACUACUAGAGAUGGACCCCUCUGAUGCUAUUCUGGGGAUCGCCGAUAUGAUGCGCAAGAAGAUCACAAUGCCUGCCUACUUGAUGUACGAUGGUCAAGACCCGCGUCUGUUUAAUCACUUAGGUGCCGUCGCACAGAGAAUCGGUGUAUAUACAGUCUCGGACUAUGCAGACAUAUUGGAUUUCCUGGUCGGGCGGUGGAAGCUAGAGAAACUACAAGGCCUGAAUAGCGCUGGACGGGAAGCCCAAGAUUUCGUGUGUGGGUUGGGACCAAGGGUUCGAAAGUUAAACGAAAUAGCUCAAGAGCGGUCCCACAAAAUGAAGCCACAGGCCUUUCGUUUCAGUUGGAUCUUCAACAAGGAAACCUCAAGGAGUUCUAUCCUCAGAUUCCUUGUUACUGCCCUAAUAUGCUUGAAGAUGGAAACAACCAGAUUGAGUUUUUCGAUUUCCUUAAUGUAAACACGGACUCUAAUCGAAGUGAGGUGACAGAUAAUGCAAGAAAGGAUGAGGAAGAAGUAGAACAGAAAGGUAAGGAACAAGAGAACGAGCCUACGGCGAUCCCUUUCAUCGAUUUCAUGUCAAUUGGAAGCUCAU